AUGCGAAAUUCGAAUAGAAACACCUUUCAUUCCUCAGCUUUCGCAAACUCAACAAAUGAUAAUCAUUCCACUACUAUUUCACCAAAUAUUCUAAAAAGUAAAUCAUCAUUAUCUCAAUUAUCCCAACUAUUCCAAGUAUCUCAAUUAUCAAUACAUAAGCAGCAUAAGAAAUCUAAUUCGUUAGAAGAAACUUCUGAUUUAUCACGUCAAUCAACAUUUAUUCAUCAACCAAUUAUUACACCCAUUACUCGAGAACCGGCUAUACCUUCCGACAAAAUAAGAAAUGCAUUGCUCCACCGUCGAAUGAUUUCAUUUAUGGGAGCACCAGGAUCACUUUAUAUACCUAAGGAUCGAUUUGCAUCAGAAGAAUCACCUUUAGAAAAACCCUUAAAUACAUUCAUCACCACGAAAAGAAAUGAACCUAUCGUAUCAUCACCAUUUGAUUUUCGAGAUUUAAUUGAUAAAUAUUAUGAAGAUUCAGAAGAAGAUGAUACUGAUGAAGAUGAACAUUAUGGAGAUGAUGAAUUAGAUGACGAAUAUACUGAAGAAGAAUUAAAUAAAGUGAAAAAAGGUGAAACUAAUGAAAAUGCAAGAAAACGUAUAAAUGAAGAAAUGAUAUCUAAAAUCCGUAAACGUGAAGCUGCAGUAAAAGAAAUUCUUACUACCGAAAAAACUUAUAUAAACGGUUUAGAUAAAUGUGUAGAAUAUUUUUUAAAACCUUUACGAGAUAAAUCAAAUCAGAAAAAUUCACUCUUAUCAAAACCAAUUGCUUCAAUGGAUGAGUUAUCAUCUUUAUUUGGAAACAUUGAAACGAUAUUAUCAUUACAUGUUCAAUUACUUAAAUCUUUGGAAGAAAGGUAA